GCGACCCACAAGCCACAUGCCCACACUUCCUUCACCUGGGCUUCGCGAUCUUUGAACCGAUCUGAUGACGGGAAAAGAAAAAGUAAAACCACGUACGACAUGUGAUAACCUACCCACUCCAAGCCCAGCAAUCUUGUGUCUCCAACCACGUCGGUCCUCAUCCUGACCUUCCCUGCAAGCCCCAAUAAGAAUUACACAUCGAGUGCGACGUCACUGAACCAAACAUUUCAGAUUUCGCAGCCACGGUUGUACACUGGUGGAUUGUAUUGGAUUGUAUUGGAUUUUGAAAGAAUCUGAGGAAAAAGUGAGAACAUGCCUACCUGGGGUCGCGGCGGUGCGGGAAAUAUCGUUAGUGAAGCACAGGUUCAAGAGCAGGCAAGGAAGGUUGCAGAGGAUCUCGAAGCUAAUCGCUCUCUAACCUCCUCCGCUGCCCCAGUCGCGCAAUCCUCGCAACCACAAGAAUACGCCUACUCCGGACGCGGCGGCGCCGGCAACUGGUACCAGCCCUCUGAACUCGAGAAACAAGGAUCGUUCGUCGAGCCCAGUGACUCCACCGCUAUCCCCACAUCCACAAAGCCGAAUAUCUCGACGCCAUGGCAUCCGGAAAAUCAGGAGAUGCCUGUUGCUCGAGCGGGACGAGGAGGCGCGGGGAACUUUGUCUGGAAGGAUGAGGAGAAGGAGAGGGUGAGGAGGGAGGAGGAGGAGGCAAGGAAAGGGGAGGUUAAGGAGAAGGUGGAGAGGGAUGUUGAGUUGGGGUUGGCGAAACCUGGGGCAGCUGUUUUGGGGGGUGUUAAGGCGGGGAGGGGUUGGUGAAAGAGAACAGUUUGAAGUGUGGGUUGAGUGGGUACCACAGCGUCGAGACGGUAGAAAAGAGGAAGAUAGGAUCGGUUUUCUUAGUCACGCGAUUCCUCCCUAAUAUCCGCCUAGAUGUCUGGGCGAACUUCAUGCUGAUUGUAUAUCCUCUUCGUUGUUGAUUAAAUUCGAGCAGCAAUUAUGAAC